GUAAAAUACAAUAAAAUAUAUCUGGUUUCCCAGUCCUACCGCAACUCAUCAUUUCACUUGUUUCGUCUCAUCCAAUCGAAGUAGUCGUUCCCGCUUCCCAGACUCAUCGAUUUGCCUUCCGAUUCAGGCUAACAGAGUGAAAUGGCCAGUGCAAAUGGUGAUUGCCUUGGAUGGGCAGCCAGAGAUUCCUCUGGAACUCUCUCUCCUUAUCAAUUUAGUCGCAGGUCUGUUGGUGCUGAUGAUAUUUCUAUAAGCAUUUUAUACUGUGGAGUUUGUUAUGCUGAUGUUGUCUGGACUAGAAACGUAAUGGGUCAUUCGAAUUAUCCUUUGGUACCCGGGCAUGAGAUUGUUGGGAUUGUGAAGGAGGUGGGAUCAAACGUCGAUCGCUUUAAAGUUGGUGAGCAUGUGGGGGUGGGAACUUAUGUAAACUCUUGCAGACAGUGCGAGUAUUGUGAUAGUGGAAUAGAAGUACAUUGUGCCAAGGGAUCCGUCCUCACAUUUGAUGGCGUAGAUGUCGAUGGUACCAUCACUAAGGGAGGAUAUUCUAGCUACAUUGUAGUUCAUGAAAGGUACUGCUUCAGGAUACCUGAGAAUAUUCCUCCACAGUUAGCAGCGCCGUUGCUAUGUGCUGGAAUCACUGUUUACACCCCCAUGGUGCGGCAUAACAUGAAUCAACCCGGAAAAUCCUUAGGGGUUAUUGGGCUAGGUGGGCUUGGCCAUUUAGCUGUCAAGUUUGGCAAGGCUUUCGGGUUGAGAGUUACAGUUUUCAGCACCUCCAUUACCAAGAAGGACGAGGCAUUGAAUCUCCUCGGGGCAGAUCAUUUUGUCAUCUCUUCGGAUGAAAAGGAGAUGAGGGCUAUGGAAAAAUCACUUGAUUUCAUCAUAAACACAGCAUCCGGAGGUACAUCGUUCGAUUUAUACCUAUCACUGCUGAAGACCAUGGGCGUGCUUGUUUUGGUUGGAUUCCCAAGCGAAGUGAAGUUCCAUCCGGGAAGCCUGAUCUUAGGCGCAAAAACAAUUACGGGAAGUGUAACAGGUGGAACUAAACAGACACAAGAAAUGCUGGACUUUUGUGCUUCCAACAAGGUUUACCCCGAAAUCGAGCUGAUUCCUAUUAACUACUGCAACGAGGCCCUAGACCGGCUGGUGAAGAAGGAUGUGAAAUACCGGUUUGUGAUUGAUGUUGCCAGCUCUCUUACCUGAGGUCAGUAGAGUCAUAAACUAAUAUUGCUAUUGCUGUAAUAAUUAAAACCAGCCACAUUAUAUCCUCAGCCGUUGAAUAUCUAUGGCUAUGUUUUUCUUAAAUUGGCACUAGCUCAACACUGUGCUUGAGCAUAAAUGCUGUUACGAAUAUGCACUCAGUUGCUGUAAAGCUGUACGAGGAUUGAGUUUUCCUGCAUAGAACAAAAUUAUAACUUCGUUUCA